CUACCAAACAGUUGACAUCAACCGAUAAAACCCACAUUCCGGUUCGUUCUUCAAAAAUCUCAGAGCCUUCAAAUUUCAUUCUUAUCAUCUCAUAGUUAGACAUGGCGGAUCGCGUUUCAGCACGAACCCUCAUCCUUUCAAACCACCUCCUCCACCGCAACCCAUGCCUCCAUUACUCUCCGCCGGAGCUCUCAGAGCCCUUCGAAUUCAACGUCAGAGAGAUGCGGAAGCUCAUGGACGCUCACAACCUGGAGGACCGCGAUUGGCUCUUCGGGAUAAUCAUACAGAGCAAGCUCUUCAACCCUAGAAUACUAGGCGGAAAGGUGUUCGUGUCCCCCGAUUACAACCAGUCCAUGGAGCAGCAAAGAGAGAUUACAAUGCGCCGAAUUGAGUACCUCUUAGAUCGAGGCGUGUUCAAGGGUUGGCUCACCGAUUCUGGCCCUGACGCUGAAUUGAGGAAACUUGCAUUGAUGGAGGUUAUUACCAUGUACGAUCAUUCCCUCUACAUCAAGCUCGGCGUUCAUUUCUUCCUCUGGGGUGGGGCCGUACAGUUUCUGGGAACGAAGCGCCACCAUGACAAGUGGCUGAAGGACACUGAAAACUAUGUUAUCAAGGGAUGUUUUGCCAUGUCUGAGUUGGGCCAUGGGAGUAAUGUCCGAGGAAUCGAAACUGUCACUGCGUACGAUUCAAACACAGGAGAAUUUGUCAUCAAUACUCCAUGUGAAUCAGCUCAGAAGUAUUGGAUAGGUGGUGCAGUAAAUCAUGCAACACACACAGUAGUUUUUUCCCAGCUCCAUUUAAAUGGAACCAAUCAAGGGGUGCAUGCAUUUAUUGCCCAAAUCAGGGAUCCGGAUGGAAACAUAUGUCCUAACAUUCGAAUAGCUGACUGUGGUCAUAAAAUUGGCUUAAAUGGGGUCGAUAAUGGCCGUAUCUGGUUUGACAAUGUGAGAAUACCCCGAGAGAAUUUGUUGAAUUCAGUGGCCGAUGUUUCACCAGCUGGAGAAUAUUUUAGUGCAAUAAAAAAUGCAGACCAGAGAUUUGCAGCAUUCUUGGCCCCUUUGACCUCUGGUCGUGUAUCUAUUGCUGCAAGUACUGUUUACAUCUCCAAGAUUAGCCUAGCCAUUGCUAUAAGAUAUGCAUUGACAAGGCGGGCAUUUUCCUUUUUACCAAAUGGGCCCGAAGUUUUACUGCUUGAUUACCCAAGUCAUCAGCGGCGUCUGUUACCUUUACUUGCAAAGAUCUAUGCAAUGAGUUUUGCAGUGAAUGUUUUAAAAAUGAUGUAUGUGAAAAGAACACCCCAGUCAAACAAAACCCUUCAUAUUGUUUCUAGUGCAUACAAGGCUACUUUUACAUGGAAUAGUGCACGAACACUUCAGGUAAGUGUUGCCAUUUUAGUUGGGUUUGAUAGCUAUAUGAUAUUGGUCUCACCAAGGUUCUAUGUAUUACGCAUGAGCAAGGAAUGUCGUGAAGCCUGUGGAGGACAAGGCUUUAAAACCGAAAACCGUAUUGGUCAUUUGAGGGGUGAAUUUGAUGUGCAAUCAACAUUUGAGGGGGACAACAAUGUUCUGAUGCAGCAGGUCAGCAAGGCACUGUUUGUAGAAUAUAUUGCAGCUCAAGCUAAAAGCAAGCCAUUUAAAGGUUUGGGAUUAGAACACAUGAACAAUCCUUGGCCUGUCAUUCCAUCUCAGCUAACAUCCUCUACCAUCAGGAGCAAGGAAUUUCAGAUUGAUCUGUUUCACUUAAGAGAGCGGGAUCUAUUGAGACGUUUUGUGGACGAGGUAUCACAAUAUCAAACACAAGGAGAAAGCAUAGAGUCUGCCUUCGUUCUAAGUUAUCAGCUUGCUGAAGACUUGGGCAGAGCUUUCUCUGAACGAGCAAUACUGCAAAACUUCAUGGAGGCCGAGAGUACUUUACCACCUGGUUCAUUGAAGAAUGUCUUAGGUGUAUUGAGAUCAUUGUAUGCAUUGAUUAGCGUGGAUGAAGAUGCAUCCUUUCUCCGGUAUGGAUACUUGUCAACAGAGAAUGCUUAUGCGGUGAGGAAAGAAGUGCCCAAACUCUGUGCUGAACUUCGACCGCAUGCACUUGCCUUGGUCAGUUCCUUCGGUAUUCCUGACGCUUUUCUCAGCCCUAUCGCAUCCAACUGGCUCGAUUCAAAUUCUUGGUCUUCUGUUCAGUAAUAAUGGCUCAUACAAGUUUACAUCACAGUUGGGUGGUUAUUUAAAUUUCACG